AUGCUUACAAAACAUCCUUCAAACAUUAAAGUGAAUGUAGGAAAGAAGGAUGAAAUUGAUAAUGUCGAAACUUCCACAACAGAUAGGGAUAUGUCAACAGUCACUUUUUUGACAGCGGAGGAAGAAGCAGCUGCUAUAACUACUGAAAGAGUAAAAACAGCUGCCAAACUUGAAGGUAUUACACCCGAAAAUGUCCUAUCUAGAAAUAAAAAAGCUUCUGUUAAUAAUAACAUAUCUACAAAUACAUCCGGAAAUAAUACGGAUCGAUUAUCAAAAGAGUCAGGUAUAGGUUCAAGUGUUAGUAGUUCAUUGGAUGAAAAAGAUGAUGAAAUCGAUAAUUCUCCAAGUGAAUUAUUCACUUCUUUUCAAUCUAAUACUAAUACUUUUACUUCUGAAAGCACAAAAAUAUCGCCUAGAGUAAGUCAAUUAUUGGAUGAAUUAGAUGAUACAAUGACAAAGUUAACAAAUGAUAACAAAAAGUCUCUUGAUGUGAAUUCUGAAAUACCGGAAUCAAAUUGUAUGUUUAAUGAUACAGAAUCUUCAACGUCAGGUGGUACGAAUAAUGAACCAGAUUCACCUUCAUUAAUAAGUAACUUUAAUAAUUCCACAACAACUGAAUUUGUAAAAAGAAAACAUUCUUUUAAAAGAAAAAAUUCUAGUCGAUCAAUAUUUAGUGUAUUAUCAUCAGGAUCGCUUCGUUCUUCAUCAUCUUCUCGUAAUUCUCGGGGAGGUUCUGGUUCUUUAUCAGACCCUGACGAUGAACUCUCAAAUCAUAAUCAUAGAGUUACUAUUGCGGGCUCUACUUCAAAAGCUGAACGUAUAUUAAGCCGUUCGGGUUUUUCUUCCUUGUCAAUUAGGAGACGUCAUUCUAAAUCAACAAUGUCUGUCGCUCUUCCCGAUAAAAAUAAUAUGAUCUCUCCCAGAUUAUCAAGUUCUCCUGAAAGUUUAUCUAAGGCUGUUUACGGAUUUAGACCUUCAUCUUCAUCAUCGGAAGAAAAAGUCGUACUUCCUACUUUAAAUAAUGCAAGGACCAACAAGAUAACUGGAUAUGACGAUGAUAAUAUACCAAUUUUAGAUAGAUCGAGUAAGGCGAGUAAAUUAUUAGGAUUGAAUGAUGGUGAAUUAAGAAGGGCGACUUCAAUGUGUUUGGUAUCCGAGUUUAAAGGUGAUAAUGUGAAAUCAAAUAUAGGUGGAGGGAAUAUAGGAUGUCCGUUAACGGUAGCUAGUAUAAGAGAAAGUAUAAUAACAUAUAGAGGGAUUUUAUCAAAAUAUACAAAUACAAGUUUUAAAUUAUCAAAAUCAUGGAAAAGAAGAUAUUUUAUAUUAUCCAAAAGUAUCCUGUAUUGUUUUAAAUCGUCUGAACGUACUUCCCUAUUAUUAGACCAAUUUGAAUUCAACGCUGAUAGUGUCGUUUGUGUUAGUGAGGCUUUUAAUGGUAAAAGUUGGGUAUUGCAAGUUGGCAAACCCCAUCAAAAACCUUGGUUUAUACAAGCUGAUAAUGUUGAAGAUAUGAAAUGUUGGUUAACGGAAUUAAAAUCUAUUGCGGUAAAUUUAUUUGGUUCUUCUCAAUUAUCAACCCCUAAACCAUCAUUUUUAAUUAAUCAGACAUCACGUUCUUUUAUGACUUCUUUACCUCCCCCUCCUCGUCCAAAAUCCGCUCCUUCUCUUGCUUCUUGUCCUCCUUCACCAACCGUAUCAUUCAUAUCACCAAUUUCUUCUCAUAGUCGUCAUAACGUUCCUUCUGAUGUUGAAGAAUUAUCAAAUAGUUCAAUUAAUCACGAUUAUUAUUCGGAAAUUCAUCCACGUCCUUCAUCUCCUGUUGAAACAUUAUCGCCCCCAAGAGCAAGGCUUGGCAAUGAAGCAAAACUUUCAAAUCAUCAACAUAAAGGUUCAACAUCUAGCACAUAUUCAAUUAAUAAUAUUUCACCCUCAGGACACAGGAAAAGAUCAGGUUCUUUUGAUGGUUCUUUAUCAGUCAAUAUUUCUCUGGUACAAAAGCAACAACAACAAUCCUCUGUAAAUUAUUCACCUAAAAGGUCUUCUCGUAAUUCUUCUCUAGAUAGUCAUAGAGAAAGUAUUCCAAUUAUGAUGCCAUCUUGGGGUGUAAGGACUGCGUCUCCUACUUCAAUGUUAAAUCCUUAUGUUAACAUUACUUCCUUACCACCUCCACCGCGUUCGACUCGUACUCCUCCAAGCAAUGAUCAAACAAUACCUUCUAAAUCCGUUAAAUUAUCUCAUUUACCAAAUCCACCUAAACUCCCGGAAGGUCCGAAACCUGUAAGGAAUAGUGAUCGAGUUUCUUCAAUUGAUCCUGAUCUUCGUACAACUCGUAGUCCUCCUCCAAAUAUUCCUUUACCUCAACCACCUCCUCGUCCAAUAAAUACGAUAACUCCUGUUUCACGUGCAACUUCUCCAAUUCCUUCAUAUAAAAAUAAUAAGCAUGUAAUACCUCCUCCGCCAUCCACACAUUUGAUAUUAUCUCUAAUACCUCCUCCUGUGCCACCGCCAAGAAGACCGGGUGCGGAUAAACGAAUUGGAGGAAAGGGAAUUAGUUCUGGUGCGGAAAAUUUACCUUCAGAGAACGUUAAUACGGUAACUUCAUCAUCACAAGGAAGACCUUCACCUCACGGAAGGACAAUGACGUUACCUGUUAAUUUACCUUCAAAUCCAAAGUUACCCGCAAGAUCAAAAUCUCCUCCUCCUUCAAGAAAUCAUUCUUCGAUGGUGUAUUCUUCAAAUCCUUCAAGAUUUAAAACUAUGUCAAUUCAUUUACCCUAUAUCACUUUGCCGCCUCCAACACGUCCUCCCAAUGUUCCUUUACCUCCUAUACCUAAUCAAACUCCAUCAUCAUCAUCUACGUCAAAAAUAACAUCGUCAUCAAUUCGUUCACAAAUGAUGAAAAGUACAAGUGGCAUAUCUAAUUCUAAUACUACAUAUUUGUCCGUGAUAUCGGGCUUAAACAAUAAUAAUUUGUUAGGAAACAAUCUUCAACAAUUAUCUGGUUCUGGAUUAACUUUUGUCAUGAUCGAAGAAACUCUCGGUGAUGGUGAAAAAGUAUUAGAUCUUCAAGAUGUUAGUGAAAAUCACCCUCAUAUGAUCAAAUCAAGAUCAUCAUCUUAUAGUAAUCUUCAUAAUGAUUUCAUACGUCAUGAUAAAGAGGCAAAAAAUAAAAAUAUAAGUAGGAAAAAUUCUUUGGCGAAUAUAAUGGAAUUUGAGGGGAAAGGGAAAGGUAUGGUCAGAAGUAAUUCAGUAGAAGCUAAUGCGAUCAACGUAAUCUUUAAAGAAAAAGUUGAUUAUGAAAAUAAUAAUAUUAACAUCACAUCACCUUUGUCAUCAAUGACAUAG